CGGUAAAGCCUCAUUAUCAGGCAGGAUGAGGCAUCCUACUCAUGUGACAGCCACCAUAAAGUAAGAAUGAGGUUAGCGAUUAAAUUUGUCUCAAAAUCAAACUUUCUCUUCACUCACUACUCACUUCCCACAAUUCCUUCCUCCCGUCCUCGCUUCCCUCGAUCCCUUGCUUCAAUUUCCAACAAUUUCACUUUCUCAGGGAAAAAGAAGUCAUCUUUGUGGGUGCAAAGGGUUAGUUAUAAGACUGAGACUCAGUUAAGUGAUUUAAUGGAGUCAGGGAAGGAAAUUCAAGAGCUUAACAGGAACCUUUAUCCAGCUGUAGAGCCAUAUAGCACUGGUUUUCUCAAGGUUUCUGAUAUUCAUACAAUCUACUGGGAGCAAUCAGGAAACCCAAAUGGCCAUCCAGUUGUGUUUCUUCAUGGGGGACCUGGAGGAGGAACAUCGCCAAGCAAUCGAACAUUUUUUGAUCCUGAAUUUUACAGGAUCAUUUUAUUUGAUCAGCGUGGUGCAGGAAAGAGUACGCCCCAUGCUUGCUUGGAAGAGAACACUACAUGGGAUCUAAUUGAUGACAUUGAAAAGCUAAGAGAACACUUGGAAAUUUCAGAAUGGCAGGUCUUUGGUGGCUCAUGGGGAAGUACACUUGCUCUUGCUUACAGUCAAUCACAUCCUGACAAGGUUACUGGCUUGGUUCUAAGAGGGAUAUUCCUUUUGCGGAAGAAAGAGAUUGAUUGGUUUUAUGAAGGUGGUGCUGCUGCUAUUUACCCUGAUGCUUGGGAGCCAUUUAGGGAUCUUAUUCCAGAAAAUGAGAGGGAGAGCUUUGUUACUGCUUACCACAAGAGACUGAAUUCUAAUGAUUUGGAAACACAAUGUGCAGCUGCUAGGGCAUGGACCAAGUGGGAAAUGAUGACUGCCCAUCUUCUACCAAAUGAUGACAACAUCAAGAGAGGGGAUGAUGAUAAUUUUUCACUGGCUUUUGCAAGGAUUGAGAACCAUUACUUUGUGAAUAAAGGAUUCCUUCCUUCAGAUUCAUUCUUGUUGGACAAUAUUGACAAGAUAAGGCAUAUUAAUUCUACAAUUGUACAGGGAAGAUAUGAUGUUUGCUGCCCUAUGAUGUCAGCUUGGGAUCUCCACAAAGCAUUUCCAGAGGCAGAUUUUAAGGUUGUUUCAGAUGCUGGGCAUUCAGCCAACGAACCAGGAAUAGCAGCUGAACUUGUGGCUGCAAAUGAGAAGCUGAAAAACCUUUUAAAGAAUUAACCUUGAAAACUAGAGUCAGCAUGCAGUUGCAGUGCCUGACUACAUUCCUAAAUUGCAGAGGCAUACAUGUUGAUAUGCUCUGACAUCCAUCAUAAAGGGAAGUAGUUUGAGAUAUCAUUUGAAGAAUGUUUAACAGAAUGUCGGUUCAAGUAUAAAGUUAAAUAGAUGUGCUUCAUCUGUGUAGGCCUUUCAUCUCUCUUGGCUUUGUUUCUUUAAACUCUGGUUUUUGUUCUUUACUAUUUCUUUUUACAAAAGAAAUGUGGGACAGAACAGAGCAAUAAAACAAACAUAAGAAUGACAUAUUAAUCAGAUUUUGAUAAUGGAAACCGGUUAGACAGAGAUUUGAUGGAAUGGA